AGGUCCACGUCCACGUGCAUGAAAGAUACAGCUCGUCCUUGCUCAGAUGAUCAUCGUACCGGAAGAUUUGUUUCUGUCGGUUUUAUGCUGAUGAAACCUUUGACAGCAUACACGGUAACUGUAAAGUAGCGCCAAGAUGAAGGCCAACCAAGAACGUCGUGAUAGUUUCUACAACGUUGUCACCACGCAAAUAAACAGGCCCAUUUCCAGCAAAACCCCUUGCAAGAUACACAUUUGAUUCGUCCUCAGAAACAAGCACAUGAACUUCAUAUUUGCUGCCGUUUGCGAUUUCUUUUUGGAGGAUGAUGUGACGAAUUUCUAGAUCAAUUUCAAUUAUUCUUAUGCCGAAUUCGAACUAGAGGCGCAACUUCUUUUUUCUCGCUAAUGAUCUAAAUUUGACACAAUAUUCGAAUCCGAUUAGAAAUUAAUCCCAUGUCAUUCGGCACAAUAUGACUACACCUCAAUUUUGUACGGAAAAGCGAUACAAUUCGCUAUUCUCUUGUCGCGCUGCUUUAUUUUGGUGAUACAGUUUGAGCUCUAGAAGUUUCGCUUUGACUAUUCCAUUUUCGGUAAAAAUACGUCGUGUAUUGGUAUUCACAAAGAGUUUCACGGGUUCGGUGGAUGCGCCACCUCGCAGCGGAAAAAGUUCUCGCAGCUUUCCGAAAUAAAAGUAGCACAGGAAUUUUCAACACCAGCGGCACUUCCUCAUCGUCGUGAUCGUCGCGAAGCCGCUGUAACUACAAACCUAACCAUCAGAGCUGUUGCCACCGUCACAGCAAGAGGUAAAACCGCAGCCACACCGAAGAUAUAGGAGCGAUGCAGUCGCGCGGCAACGCGGGUCAGCCUCAGGGACCUUCGCAGCCCAAGCCCAAAGCGAAGAAGAAGCAGACCAUUGAGGAUAUCAACGAGAUUAAGAAGGACCUGGUGAAGCCCUUUCGCACGCUGCACAGCACGUACGACCCCUUUCAACAGAUUCACGGGUUUGGCGACGGGUCGGUCUACUUCGCGGAAGAUGCCUGCGGAUUCGAUCAAAUUGUGAUAGACGAGUACUGCGACGCCUUUCGGCUGUCCGACGAAUUUGGGGACGGGUUUGUGAAUUACAAGGACCUACCGGUCAUCAUGAUCCGGGUGGGUGCGUUUCCGCGAUACAGCCUUCCGGAGCUGGGCGAAAUCGACCGCGGCACCGCCUCGACGUAAUAUUGUGAUUUUUUUUAUGUUCUUGAUCAGAUCAGAGACAAGGCGGCCUUCAUUCAAAAGAUCAGCGGCAGGCGCUGGGGCAGAGUGCCGAGCGCCAACGGGGGAGAACACUGGCAACUAGAAAGCGACCAAGAAAUUCGCUUUACGGUGACGGGAGAAGAUUUCUGCGAAAACACGGGGCGAGAAAUCAAAGACGUUGCGGGCCAAGCCUUCUACCGCAACCAGGAAGGCCUGUGGGUUGCGGAGUGACGCCGGCCGUCACAAAUCUGUGUUCGAGUGUACGUCCACUCAAAGAAGGAUGAGAAAAGACAAUUUACAAUGUCACGGACAAACACAAAGAUGAUGAUGAUGAUGAUGAUCAGAUCAGACCUACAGACCACUUUUGAAAUAAUUCAAUGGUUUUUCUCGUCAUGUCGUGGUCGUGCUCGUCGUGUAUCAUGAAGACCUGCAUGCAAUGGUUUUGCGCUGCGUAUACGAUCCCGGCACAAUGAAAAUAAGUAAGUAAAUCAAUCCUUAUCCUCCAAAUCACAGUCCCUGGGUGUUUAAGCGGUUGGAGCAUUGCGUGAAUGGGAUCGACGAAGAGGGCACGAACAUGUACGAUUUUCAGUUCUUUCUGAAGUUGAUGCGGAAGUGGGACGAAAACGGCCACAAGUACCUCGGGCAAGACGAGCUGUUGAAUGCCUUCCGGAUUUUGGAUCUAGACAACAGCGGGUUUAUCACAAGCAACGAGGUCAGGCAAAUCAUGAACGUGUUCGGCGACAAACUGUCGCUGGAAGAAGCAGAUGGUAUGCUGGAACUCGCAGACUUGGACGGGAACGGAAACAUCAACUACGAAGAGUUUGUCGGGAUCGUCGUCCAACAGAUCGUGAAGAAGGGAAAACCACGGCAAGACUCCUCCGUGUCGGGUAACACGAGUCGCCCGCAUAGCCGAUUAAGUGGCGCGGGGGGAGGGGGUCUGGGGGCGACCAGUAUCCCCGCGGGAAUUUGAUGUUGAGAGAGCAGGAACAAAUUGAAAUUCUCUCAUCAGAUUAAAGGAACGAAUUUUUUAUGUAGGCUUCAUUUCUGCAAACGAAACUUUCGUACAGAUAAAAAGAUUGUAACGGUAAUACUACUAGCUUUUGAAAAAGGUUCAGACUUUUGAUACCCCGGUGGGUCAUCUGAAUUUGUAUGGUCGUGAACAUAGCUCUGCUGAAAUAGUGCUUCGGAAUACUAUACGUCAUUCUGGGUAUUAUUUGCGGACCCAAGUCCACAGUAGAACGUAUGGCCGGGGUACAAGCCGGUCUAGGGGGCGGGGUUCGAGCUCCCUCUGAAGGUGAACAAUGAGGCCUGUUUCUGUUUCGGGCAUACUCCGUUUGUAUUUUUUUACUCCCCUAGCGUUUGUUUUGUUGUUUUAACUUGCGUUUUCAUGUUUGAAAAAAAAACCGUGAACAAUAAUCAAGAAAGUACUAGAGAACUGGACAGAUGAACAUUUGUGGAACUUUUUUUCGUACUAUAAACGGUAGUAAAAAGAGGUAAGCUAGAAGGUCUUGACGAACAGGACGCCGUACCGGCACUGGAGAUCAGAAAUAGUACUCAUAUCGUGGCGAAGUAAGUACUAGCACAGGCAGCUUCAUCUUGAGAUGGUACGACGUAGAACUAAAUUUUGGAUGAUCGCGAAGAUGUUGAAUGAUUUCACUCCCACGGCAACAGUAAAAGUUUUGGUACAUAAUUUCCAGUAUUCACAAAGAUACGCGAUUCGUAAUUUGAUUUUGUUCAUUAAAAAAAAGCAAAAAAUCCUACAUUGUCUCCCGAUACUACAAGACGAAACACGACCAGAGGACGUGCCAACAGCUUUUUUUGUAUGACAACAAUAAAAACCAAAAAAAAUAAAAAAAAAUAUUUCCGAAGCGGAGACAGGAUAAGACUUC